AUGUCCACUCGUAAGACGAAGACAACUCGCUCUUCAGGACCUAUUAGAACUGAGAAAGUGCGUCAGUUAGAGGCCGAGAACAGCCGUCUCACCGUGCAGAUCAAGGACAUCGAAAUAAUCGAGAAGAAGGAAAGAAAUAACCUCGCUGAACGCUUUGAAGCCGAGCGUGCUCGUCUCCGCCAAGCUCUGGAUGAUGCUCGUGAGCAAGCAGCUAAGUUUGCAGUUGAACGUGAUUCGGCUUUGGCUGAUCAUGAACGUUUAGCUUCGAAAGUUGGGAAGCUAGAGAGAGAUUUAAAGAAGUCGGAAGAUGAUCGUCUAACAGCGCUGUCGUUGGCGGAAUCAAGCUCAGCCAAACAGAAGACGCUGCAGAACAAACUCGACAAAGCACAAAUCGAACUUGGUGAUGUCGAGAAAGAGAAUGGUCGUCUACGUAUGCAGUUGGCUUCUCUACAGAAAAAUCUUGAGGAUGAAAGUGUGCUACGUGCCGCAGCCAAUUCGAAGAUUCAAGCUCUAACGGAGGAUUUGGAGUUCCUCAAGAAGCAACACAAGUCGGCCCUCGAGGAAGUCCGUCAUAAGCGUCAGGUCGACAUGACCACAUACGCCAAACAGAUCAACGACGAAUACCAAUCGAAGCUGCAGGAUCAGCUGGCUGAGAUGCGAGCACGUUUCCAAGCUCAGCUUUCGGCGAACAAGACCGCUUUUGAGGAAUCGUACAAAAAUAAGCUAAACGAUGCGCGUGAACGUGCCGAAGCUGCACAUGACGAUGCGGCUCGCAUGCGUGUUCGUAUCCAUGAACUUGAGAAAAGUGGUAGCAGUCACGAUGCAGUGAUCGAUGGCCUUCGUCGUGAAAUAGCUAGCCUGAAGGACGAUAUGGAUGCGGCUAGAAGGUCCUACCAGGAGAGACUGGAUGGAAAGGAAAUUCGCAUCGCCGAGCUAAAUCGCGAGAUUCAACGUAUGAUGGAUGAGUUCCACGAUUUGCUCGAUGUGAAGAUUCAGCUCGAUACCGAGCUGAAUACAUAUCGUAUGCUGCUUGAGUCUGAGGAGAGUCGCCUCAACAUCUCCGGUGGUAAUCAGUCUCGUGACAACAGUAUGACAUCGCACCAUGUAUCGUACACAUCCGGUAGUGGAAGCGCUCAACGUGGAGUGAAGAGAGCCAGAAUCGAAUGGGACGGCAACGGUGAUGAGUUAGAUUUCCACCGACUUAGCCAGAGAAUGCAGAAGCACGUCGAUGGUCCAGUAGGAAUUGAAGAGAUCGAUCCUAAUGGUCAGUGGGUGCGCAUCAGCAACAACACCGAUGAAGAAGUCAGCAUUGCUCAUUGGAAACUGCUCGUUCGUGCUGGUGGAAAGGAAGUCACCUAUCAGUUCAACACACGCAUGAAGUUGGACCCCCAUGGUCACGCCACUGUCUACUCAGCGGAUUCUGGAGAGAAACAUCGCCCACCGACUGAUUUCGUUAUGAAGAAACAGAAUUGGCCCAUGGGCGAGAAUCCGUCUGUGCGUCUUGAGGACCACGAAGGAGACCUCCGGUCAUCAGUUACAUUCGAGUCUGCCGAAUCGGAUGACCCGUCUGAUCCAGCUGAGCGAUGCUUGAUU